CAAGUUUUACUUACCUUAGUUAUUAUAAGCAUAUCUAAAAAGUUAGUUAUUUUAGAAGAUGAAUCUUUGUCUACUAAUAGUAAUAUUGAAUUAAUGCAUAAAAAUAAUGUUGAAACAGCUAAUUUUGGCUAUUUGCCAGUAAAAUUGUUAAAGUUUUUAUGUUAUGAAAUGGGUGUUUCUGAGUCAGGCUCAAAGCAGAAUUUAGUAGAUCAUUUAGUUAAUAAAAGUCAAAAGAAGCUUGUUUUGCUAGCUUUAAAUACUUCUGGUAAAAACAAAGAGGUUGAUGUUGAUAAUGGUAUAAAGAAGAUACUUAGAAAAAAUAAUAAGUUGAACUUCAAGUCAGAGAAAGCUUUUGCUAAUGUUUUCAAUAAGGUCUCAGAAACAGUCAAGAAUUUUGAAAUAAAAGAAUAUAAUAAUCAAUUUUCAUUGCAUUUGCUCCUUUUAGCAACCGAAGCAUCUUGCAAUUGGGAUAUUAAGAAGGCAGGUUUGUUGUUAGAUAAAGCUCUUGCUACAGGUGAUGCUGAAUAUGUACAACUGGCUAGACAAGGGCAUUUAAAAGGACCUAUAUUGUUAGAAUAG